AUGGUAGAGCUGCAGCCUGUUGCAAGCCUGAGGGGCAAGAGCAUCACAAGUGCCGAGCAGCUUACGCGCGCGGAAAUCGAUGCACUGCUGCAGCUUGCUGGCGCCAUGCAGCGCAAGGUGGAAAGCGGCGAGGUGCUGAACCUCCUGCAGGGGCGCAUCAUGACACCCCUUUUUUUUGAGGAUUCCUCUCGCACCUUCACCUCCUUUUGCGCUGCGAUGAUCCGGCUGGGCGGGAGUGUGGUGAACUUUAAGGUGGAAACGUCGUCCAUCAACAAGGGUGAGACACUCACCGAUACGAUCCGCACUCUGGACUCCUACAGCGACGUGCUGGUGAUGCGGCACCCACGGCAGGAUGCGAUCCUCGAGGCCCUCACCGUGUCGCAGCACCCCAUUAUGAACGCAGGCAACGGCGCCGGUGAGCACCCCACGCAGGCGCUUCUUGAUACGCUUACAAUUCACGCGGAGCUGGGCUGCGUGGAUGGUAUCACCAUCGCGCUGAUUGGCGACCUUAAGAUGGGACGAACGGUGCACUCGCUCUUGAAACUCCUUGUGCGCAACUUUUUACCCAAGUGUGUGUUUCUUGUUGCUCCAGAUGCGCUGCAGAUGCCGCAGGAUGUGUUGGACUCCCUGCAGCAAGAGAUUGCGGCGAAGGGGGUGGUGAUACGCCGCACUCACGCACUCACAGAGGAGGUCAUGCAGCAGAGUGACGUGUUGUACGCAACGCGGCUGCAGAAGGAACGAUUUACGGCUUCCGAAUGCGAUGGUGCGGCCGCAAUGCGGUCUUUCGAGGCGGCAAAGGCCAACAUCACGAUCGAUGCGGCACGCAUGCAGCUGGCGAAGCAAAAAAUGGUUCUGAUGCACCCACUGCCACGCAACGAUGAGGUAAGUGUUGACGUUGACGCGGACCCGCGUGCGGCAUACUUUAGGCAGAUGCGGUACGGAAUGUAUAUGCGCAUGGCCCUUCUCUGGAGCGUUUUGGCGUGA